AGCCGAAGAUGACGGCUCGGUCAUGUGAUCAGCUGUGUCCAAUCACAGCUGAUCGCAUCUUGAGAGGAGAGAAGAGCCGGUAAUCAGCAUUCCGCGGAGGGGACUGAUGAUCAGUGUGCCCUGAUGAUCAGUGUAGCCCCAGCAGUGCCACCUGUCAGUGUCCAUCAGUGCCAGCUCUCAGUGCCAGUGCCAUGUGCCAGUGCCCAUCAGUGCCACAUCAAUGCCACAUACCAGUGCCUACCAGUGCACAUCAAUGCCACAUAUCAGUGCCCAUCUGAGCUGCCUUUCAGUGUCACCCAUCAGUGCCAGUCAGUGCCACCUAUCAAU